GAAACGGGGCCACAGAUGUAAACAAACAAUGUAAACAAACAGUGACGGAACGUUUUUGCCUGAAGAAGAACGUUUGUUUUUUAACUUUAGAGCAGAGAGAAGAAUAACUAAAGAUCAAUAGAAGAAGAAGAAAACUAAAGGUCAAUAGAAGAAGAACAAGAGAAGAACUAGAAAGAAAAUAACGAGAACAAGAAAGAGGAACAGAAGAGAAGAACAAGAGAGAGAACAAGAGAGAACGAACAAGAGGGAAAGAACAAGAGAAAGAGAAGAACAAAAGAGAAAGAACAGGAGAAAGAGAAAGAACAGGAGAGAGAAAGAACAGGAGAAAGAGAAAGAACAGGAGAGAGAAAGAAGAACAAGAAAAAUAGAAGAACAAGAGAGAACGAACAAGAGGGAAAGAACAGGAGAGAAGUAACAAGGGAAAGAGAAGAACAAAAGAGAAAGAACAGGAGAAAGAGAAAGAACAAGAGAGAGAAAGAACAAGAAAGAAAGAAGAACAAGAAAAAUAGAAGAACAAGAGAGAAAGAGAAGAACAAGGGAAAGAACGAGAUAGAAGAAUAACAAAAGGCUACAAAGGAAGGAAAAUCAAGAACUAACGACCUAACAAACGAUACAAAGCAGCAAAGGUCAAUAGAAGAGGUCAAAGGUCAACAGAAGAAGAAGAAGAACAAUGGACUUCCUCGAGCAAAGCGUUUCCCCAGGUCAUAAAAAGUUCUCUCCUCGGAAGGGGCGACGCUCAGCUGCUGGCGAAAUUCUCGGAACCACUGACGACUUCGGUGGGUCCGGAUCCCCCCUCAAGUCUGCGCUCCCCUCCCCCUCCUCUGGCGACACCCCUCCCCCCUCCUCCGGCCCACCCCAGGGGAGGCGACGGGCAGGGGGGUGGGCGAACUCCGCUAGACCUGGGGACUUCGGAGCACCCCAGGAGGACAAACGGCUGCUACAGGAUUCGGACUCAGACACAGACCUUCCUGUAAUUCCCGAUCUUGAUGAGGUGGUCGAGGAAGACUUCACACAGCAGAUAGCGCAGGCCCCAAGCGUUGCCGUGAACCGAGUAGCGACCUUCAAGGAGCUGGACACUGACCUUCUUCGACACGCUGCCUUCUCGACCUUGGAUGACAUUGACCUUCGCUUGCUGACCUCCUGCCUGGCCCCGGAGAGUGAGGUCAGGGAGCCCGAUAUACAGUGGCGAUGGGACCCGCUGUUUACGGAAGUCGCCUCCGAGCUAAGAACAGAGUGGGAGCCCAAAUCGGAAGACCAGGGAGGGGAACAUCCAGACUCAGUGGGCCCGGGGCAACACAUCUAGACACCCUGGUAUUUUCUCGACGCUUCCGCCCCUCAAAUCAACUAUUUCCGAAGGCCAAAAAAGAGGAUACCUGGGUUGUAAUGAGUGUUUUGUCAGGUUGAUGGUACAGAGGAAGGGUUGAACUACCACUAGGGUCAGAAAACUACCCCUGGAAAUGCUUAACGCUCCUAUGAAAGCCUUAAACAUCAACUAUUUUCAAAGGCCAAAAAAGAGGAUACCUGGGUUGUAAUGAGUGUUUUGUCAGGUUGAUGGUACAGAAGAAGGGUUGAACUACCACUAGGGUCAGACAACUACCCCUGGAAAUGCUCAACGCUCCUACGAAAGCCUUAAACAUCAACUAUUUUCAAAGGCCAAAAAAGAGGAUACCUGGGUUGUAAUGAGUGUUUUGUCAGGUUGAUGGUACAGAAGAAGUCUUGAACUACCACUAGGGUCAGAAAACUACCCCUGGAAAUGCUCAACGCUCCUACGAAAGCCUUAAACAUCAACUAUUUUCAAAGGCCAAAAAGGAGGUUAUUCAGAUUCUAAUGAGAGUUUUUUUUAAGUUCAUGGUACAAAAGAAGGGUUGAACCACCACUAGGGUAAAAAACUACCCCUGGAAAUGCUUGACGCUCCUACGAAAGUCUUAAAUAUAAAAAAGGAGGUCUUGCAGGUUCUAAUGAAUGUUUCCUUAGAUUCACGGUACAGAGGAAGGGUUAAACCACCACAAGGGUCAGAAAACUACCCCUGGAAAUGCUGGCAACUCCUACAAAAGCCUUAAAUAUAAAAAAAGAGGUCUUGAAGGUUCUAAUGAGGUUCUAAAGAAGGUUUUAAUGAGUGUUAUCUUAGGUUCACGGUACAGAGGAAGGGUUGAACCACCACAAGGGUCAGAAAACUACCCCUGGAAAUGCUUGAAACUCCUACAAAAGCCUUAAAUAUAAAAAAGGAGGUCUUGAAGGUUCUAAUGAGGUUCUAAAGAAGGUUUUAAUGAGUGUUAUCUUAGAUUCACGGUACAGAGGAAGGGUUAAACCACCACUAGGGUCAGAAAACUACCCCUGGAAAUGCUUGAAACUCCUACAAAAGCCUUAAAUAUAAAAAAGGUCUUGAAGGUUCUAAUGAGGUUCUAAAGAAGGUUUUAAUGAGUGUUAUCUUAGGUUCACAGUACAGAGGAAGGGUUAAACCACCACUAGGGUCAGAAAACUACCCCUGGAAAUGCUCGACGCUCCUACGAAAGCCCUAAAUAGGAGAGCGUGGGUGCCGAAUUGUCUAAGAAUAUAUGACCCCCUGUUUCCUCGCCCUACAUUUUAGCACCCCAGUCUUGCCCCACCAUUCCUAAUAUCACAAAAGUGCCUGAAUCAUGGCCUCUAACUUUGCUGAGUGCCCAUAGUGACCCCUCAGACAGUUAUAUAUUUGUUGUUUCAUCUAGAUUUGCACUUAUAUGAAUGUUUCCAGAGUACUAUAUGGGGAAUUGUACAGUAAUUUGCAUGGUUACGACAGGUUGUAGGUGAAGAUUUUUAAUUAAGGAUGAGAGGAAGGAGGGGAAGGAGAAGGAAGAAAGGGAAGAGGGAAGAGAGAAGGAAGGAGGAGGAGGGAAAGGAGAGAAGAGAAAGGGAAGGAAAGAAAGGAAGAAGAGAGAGAGACGGACAACGAGGAGGAGGAGGAGGAAGGAAAUAAAGGAAGAACAGAGGAGAUGGAAGAGGAAAGAGAGAAGGAGAAGGAGGAGGAGGAGGAGGGAAAGGAUAGAAGAAGGGAAAGGAAGAGAAGGAAAAAAUAGAAAGAUUAGAGGAGAGAGAGAAAGGAGGAGAAGGGAAAGGAGAGAAGAGGAGAAAGAAGAGAAGGAAAAAAAGUAAGAUUAGAGGAGAGAGAGAAAGGAGGAGGAGGGAAAGGGGAGAAGAAGGGAAAGAAGAGAAGGAAAAAAAAGGAAGAUUAGAGGAGAGAGAGAAAGGAGGAGGAGGGAAAGGAGAGAAGAGGAGAAAGAAGAGAAGGAAAAAAAAGGAAGAUUAGAGGAGAGAGAGAAGGGAGAAGAAGGGAAUUAAGGAAAGAGGAAAGGAGAUGAAAGAAAAGAGAAAGAACAUAGAAGAGGAAGAAUUACACACAAUUAUAAAGAUGUGUGGGUUGAAAAAUGUUAUAUAUACCAUCAGAGCGAGCCAUAAGGAUUUGUAUUUGUAAUGUUAUAUAUAUGUCGUGGAAGCCAUUUAUGGGCCGAAUAUAUAUGCAAAACACCCUUUGAUGUACUCUACUACAGGUGAUGUUUGUCAAUAUAUAGAGUAAUUACAUUUAUUUUAUUGAUAAGGUAAUAAAAUCUCUUGUCAUA